AUGAAUGAACUUGUGGAUGUUGAGGAGCUAGUGCUUGAAGAAGUGCUGGUUGAAGUCCUGAUAGAUGUGCUAGUAAAUGGCGUGGAUGAACUUGUGGAUGUUGAGGAGCUCGUGCUUGAAGAAGUGCUGGUUGAAGUCCUAGUAGAAGUGCUAGUCAAUGUCAUGGAUGAACUUGUGGAUGUUGAGGAGCUAGUGCUUGAAGAGGUGCUGGUUGAAGAGGUGAUUGUGGAAGUUGUCGAUUGCGUAGAGGAAGAAGAUGUGAUUGUGCCAGAGCUUGUAGACGUGCUGGCUGUUAAGGUGGACGUGACCGUGGCUGACGUAGUCCAUGAGGUUGAAGUGAGUGUGAACGUGGAAGCAGUCUGCGAUUGC